GUAACGAACUUGGCACUUGGAAAGCCAGUUUCUGGAAGUUCCUUAGAUCAACGCUUCAAAGUAAAAUUUGAAUAUGCUGUCGAUGGACGAACCCGUGUCACCGAUCCCAAUCUAUUAUUUCAUACCAGUUUUGAACUUUACCCGUGGUUGACUGUUGCACUGGGCAGACUAAGUAUCGUUAAGAGCAUCACAAUCUAUAACAGGAACGAUGGCCAUGGUGAAUGGCUGCAUGGCGUUGAAACCAGAGUUGGGAACACCAUUGAUUGGGCUCAGAUGUCCACUUGUGGAACGUUCGUUGGACCUAGUGUGACGGGAGGAGUUCAUGUCAUUGAGUGUGAAAAACUCUUGUACGGAAUGUUCGUCACCGUGAAAAUUGUUAAACAGAACAACAUGGAUGGGAAAAAUUAUCUGGUGUUGGAGGAAGUUGUCAUCGCUGGAAUCGUGGCGUGAGAUUGUGAAAUCAGUCGGAUCGAUCCCACCACCGUCCAACAUUCUAUCAAAAUCUUAGAAUAAUAACACAGAUGUAAAUCAAAAUCAAAAUUCUACCAAAACCUACAGACACUUGGAUGUUGUUACUAUUGAUGUAAAAGUACCCAUUUAUACAAACUUUCAUACA